CCCACCAGAAACGCUUUCCCCUCACUCCAAUACAGACCGGGAUAAGCGACCGUGUCUGCAGUAAAUCGAAACCCUUGCAACAACCUCUUGGAGGGCGGUGGUGACCACUCCGCCGGUCCUUUUCCUGCUGCUGUCCCUCACUCCUCCUCAAUUCGCCACCUGCCAGGAUUUUUAGAAAUCUCAAGGCGGUUUUACCAACAGCAGCGAAAGAACUGCUCCGGUAAAGGUGUCACUUUGGAACUGUUGAAACUGUCACAAACAAAAUGAAGGGUUUACUCUGUCUGACACAAACUCUCAGUAGCCUCCUGCUGCUCUUCAGUCUGACUGAUCUACAGAAUGUGAGAGCUAAAAUGAAUAUUCCUAGACUUCGACUGUCCUACAAAGAUCUCUUGGCAGCCAAUCGAUCAGUCAUGUUCUUUGGUCACCGUAGUUUCCUGGAUUUCCGCUCGAUGUUCCUCGAUGAGUACCACGACCGUCUUUUCAUUGGAGCCAAGGAUGCCUUGUACUCACUCCAGCUGGACCAGACAAACAUUGAUGCCCAAGAGAUUUACUGGCCAGCUUUGCCUGGUCAGGAAGAGGAAUGUUCCCUCAAGGGGAAAGACCUAUUUAGCGAAUGUGCCAACUAUGUGCGGGUGUUGCACCCAUACAACCGAACCCACCUGCUGGCCUGUGGGACAGGAGCCUUCCAGCCAAUCUGUGCCCUGAUCUACGUGGGACACCGAGGAGAGCAUGCUUUCAGGAUGGAGGUGAACAGCAUACAAAAUGGCCGUGGCAAAUGUCCACAUGACCCAAACCGACCUUUUGCGAGCACUUUCAUUGGUGAGGAGCUGUACUCUGGACUGACAGCCGAUUUCUUAGGGAGGGACCCUGUCAUAUUCCGCAGCCUGGGAUCUCGCUCAGCCAUGAGGACGGAACUCGACCAGCGCAUGUUACAAGACCCCAAGUUCGUGGCCGCUCACCUCAUUCCAGACAACGUGGAUCGUGACAACGACAAGGUUUACUUUUUCUUCACGGAGAAGGCCAUGGAGUCAGAGGGCAAAGUCCGAGCAAUCUACAGCCGCAUCGGACGCAUUUGUGCAAAUGACGCAGGAGGUCAAAGGGCACUAGUAAACAAAUGGAGCACAUUUGUCAAAGCCAGGCUGAUAUGUUCUGUCCCGGGACCUGAUGGAAUAGACACGUACUUUGAUGAGCUUGAGGAUGUGUUUCUACUGAGAACGAAAGAUGAGAAGAAUCCUGAAAUUUAUGCUCUAUUUAGCACAAUAAGCAAUGUAUUCCAAGGUUAUGCUGUUUGUGUCUAUCAUAUGGCUGAUAUACGAGAGGUGUUCAAUGGACCGUAUGCUCACAAGGAAGGACCUGACUAUCAGUGGACUGCUUAUGAGGGCAAGGUACCUUAUCCAAGACCUGGAUCUUGUCCGAGUAAGAUCACCACCCAGCCCAGUCGGCUGUACACCAGCACCAAGGAUUACCCAGACGAUGUUCUGCAUUUUGCUCGCAGCCAUCCUCUUAUGUUCCAGUCAGUGUUCCCUAUCAACCAGCACCCGGUGCUCAUCAAAACCAACGUCCAGUACAAGAUGACGCAGAUCGUGGUGGACCGGGUAGAGGCAGAAGACAGUCAAUACGAUGUCAUGUUCAUUGGGACAGAUACUGGGCUAGUCCUGAAGACAAUUGCCCUGCGGAAGGGUAACGGCGUACAGAGUGAGGAAGUUAUCCUCGAAGAACUCCAGGUUUUUAAGAUUCCGAAUCCUAUCACGUCAAUGGAGAUAUCAGUGAAACGGCAGCAGCUGUACGUUGGCUCGAGGGUAGGCGUUGCCCAGGUGAAGCUCCAUCAGUGUGAGACUUACGGUAAUGCAUGUGCCGAGUGCUGCCUCGCUAGAGACCCCUACUGUGCCUGGGAUGGAAGCUCCUGUACCAGAUACCUGCCAGCUGCUAAAAGACGUUUCCGGAGACAGGAUAUUUGGAACGGUAAUCCCAUUCACCAGUGUCUGGAUCAGAGUCUGAUCGUAGAAGAGUUUGAUAGUGCGGAGGAGAGAGUGGUGUAUGGGACUGAACACAACAGCACCUUUCUUGAAUGCAUCCCAAAGUCUCUUCAGGCCACUGUUAAAUGGUUCAUCCAGCGAGCUGUGGACGAUAUGAAGGAUGAGGUGAAAACCGAUGACAGGAUCAUCAAGACUGAGCACGGCCUGUUAUUCCGAAAGAUUUACCGAAUGGACGAAGGGACAUAUUACUGCAAAACGAUGGAGCACGGCUUCACGCAGACAGUGAGCAAGAUCUCGCUGGAGGUGAUUGAGAGCGGGCAGCUGGACGAGAUCUUCGGCCGUGAUGAUGAGGAGCACACUAACCGCCCGUGCGUCACACAGCCUCGGCGACUGCACAGCCAGAAGCCGUGGUUCAAGGAUAUCAUGCAGCUGAUCGGCUACUCGAACCUGCACCGCGUGGAGGAGUACUGCGAGCGGGUCUGGUGCAAUGAGAAACAGCGCAAGAAGCGCAAGAUGAUGGUGAACAAGUGGAAGUACGUGGGGGAGGUGGGCCGGCGGGCAAAGAGCAAACCUCGCAACAGGACACCCAGGCACAUCCCUGCUGACACAUAAAACCUGUUUGAACUCUGCUUGGAUGGUUAGUAAGGGACUGAGCCCAAGAGGCAAAGCAUCCGAGCAACUUUUCGAAAUGGACUUUUCUCAAUUGAGGCUGUGAACCCCAUUGCUGGUAAUUACGGGAGAGAGGAUAGCCUCAGUUCAAACAAAUGAAACCAAAGACUCCCCUAAAUCUUCAUCUCCAUUUCUAACAAAGAACUUUGUCAAAUAUUCCUGUGAUUUUUGAGUUUAUUGCGCCAUAGCAUUGACCAUGUUGAGUUAGUAACCAGGACUGUACUGUAAUGUCAAGCUCUGCAUAUUUAUAACUGUUAUUUAAUGACUCCUUGGAAUUGCUGAAUGACCAAUGUGAGGACAAAGAGCCUGCUAUAUUUGACCAGAAGCCAUAAAAACAGAUGGAGCAAGGAAUGGCUGUAGUGGAGUGUUUCCCAAAUUGUUGAACCAUUGGUCUGUAUGUUAUUGUUCACAUGAGCAGGGCUAGAUAGAUGACAUCUUAAACCAGAGUUGUGACCUAGGGAGGUUGGUUCUACAGUUAUCUAUCACAGUGUGUGUAAAGUGUCUGAGCAAAACCUGACAGCCCACUGUAGCACAGCAAGAUACAAUUCUUUAUAAUUGUUACAUGUUUUAAUGACCAAUGGAUGUGGCGUUUCUAGGGUACUCCAAGAGAUGCUAUCAUCCCUUGAGAUCUUUAGUAUUGAUGUUUUGGUUUUGUUAGAGGGGAAGUUGAGCAAACCAGGUUUAUUGAUUCAUGAAAAUGGCAUUGAGAACUAGGCUUAGCCCAUGAUUAUGUUUUUGUGAAGCUCUGUUCCAGGGAAUGGGGUUUUUCUAGUUGGUGAAUUCUGACUUUUGAUGGAUGAACCAUGAGGUAAAGUUGGCAUAGGCCUACCAGACCCUAGGGCCACUCUCUGACUGGGAGGGAUGACUGAUGGUGAUGUAACACCUCAGGCAAGGUUUUCAGGUGAAGGCAGAACCUUCAUGGUGACCCUGGCGAUGAACCCAUGCUGUUAAUAUCGCUCUGCAUUGCAGUUAUCCAAUCCACUGAACUAACCAACUCUUGCAUGCAUUACGUAGAAGGGUAUUGGAUGACUGUUUUCAGAUGGGUGUGUUUUAACGGGUGUAUUACGAUGUGUGUAGUCCGAGGUGUAAUCUGAUGUGUGUAAUCCAAUGUGUGUAGUCUGAUGGGAGAAUUCUGAUUGGUGUAGACUGAUGGGUGUAAUAUGAUGGAUGCACUCUGAUUGGUGUGAUCCAAUAGGUGUAUUCUGAUGAGAGAAUUCUGACUGGUGUAUUCUGAUGAGAGUAUUCCAAUGUGAAUUUUCUGAUGGGUGUAUUCUGAUGAGAGUAUGCUGAUGGGAUUAUGCUGAUGGUUGUAUCCCGAUGAGUGUAUUCUGAUGGGAGAAUUCUGACUGGUGUAUUCUAAUGGGAGUAUUCUGAUGGGAAUUUUCUGAGGGGUGUGCUCCAAUUGGUAUAUUUUAAUGCAACUUUUCCAAUGGAAACAUUCUGAUAAGAGUAUUCGGACGGAUGCCUGGUUGUGAUAUUUCAUGUUUAGAAACUCCCGGUUUGUCCAAACAUUACCUAAUGGCUGAUCCUGGUUACAAUUGUUCUGGUUCAUUGUUGACUUAAAGAGUAAGCCAUUUGUGAUUGAUGUUGUAAGUAGGCACAUGAGCAUUUAACAGUAACAUUUCUCUAGAGAUAUGGAAAGAAAAAUGAGUGUGCGAUUCUGCUCUGUACACAAUAAAUCUCUCUCUGGAUUGUGUAUCAGUCUCUCACCCUGGUAAUUAACAAUUAAAUUGAUAAAUUUACUGUUAACCUUUCAUUGAAAGCCUGGUUACGUUUUGCACAUGGAGUCAAUCUCCUGGCAGUCCCAGCAUCAGCGAGGCUGGUGGUGAAGCAGCUGGGAAUUAGACCCUUGCCCUUGCCUCUGAUCACCCCCCACCCUUUCCCCCAGCCUACCGUUGACCCAUAAGGCCCACAUCCAUUCCUGGGCCUCUGCUAUCUGUGGUGCCAGCAACUGUUGCCCUCCACUGGCACUAGCAGCAAUAUGUAGCUGUCUGCCUCUAAUUGACCGACAGCUCCUGGCUUUUGAGUCUUCCAUCACUGUGGACCUCCAUCGUGGAAAAGACCUGCAGGUGACCAUUUCAGUGCCUGAAGGACAUUUGAUUCCACUGGACCCUACCCACACAACUAAUGAGGUUCCCCACUGGCUCUCCAAUCAGUGGAAAAAACACCCAUCAGCCCAGGGAGUUCUUAAUAUUCUAGAAUAAAGCUCCUGAACAAGUGGUAAAAGCUGGUUCCACACUAACUUGGACUUUUUUCAUUGGAAAAAAGGAGAAGAGGGGACCUAAUUGAGGUAUGCAAGAUAAUGAGAGGCAUAGUUAGAGUCGAUAGCUAGAGACUAUUUCCCAGGGCAGGAAUGGCUAACACAAGGGGUCAUAGUUUUAAGCUGGUUGGAGGAAAGUAUAGAGGGGAUGUCAGAGGCGGGUUCUUUUACACAGAGAGUUGUGAGAGCAUGGAAUGCGUUGCCAGCAGCAGUUGUGGAAGCAAGGUCAUUGGGGACAUUUAAGAGACUGCUGGACAUGCAUAUGGUCACAGAAAUUUGAGGGUGCAUACAUGAGGAUCAAUGGUCAGCACAACAUCGUGGGCUGAAGGGCCUGUUCUGUGCUGUACUGUUCUAUGGAAAAGGCAACGUUGCAAUGAUGGAGUGGAUCUGGGUGGGAUGCUAUUUGAGGGGACGGAGCAGUGUGGUAUUCGAUGGGCUGAAUGGCCUGCUUCCACACUGUAGAAAUGUUAUGAAUGUACAUUAAGAAAAGAUGAACAUCUGUCAAGGGAGUAAACCUACAGCCCACAUGUGAUUCCAGACCCCAAAAUGUAGCUGCCUCUUAACACCCUAGGAUUGGGUAGCAUGGAAACCUUGCCAAAAUUGCCCACAUCUUUGAAAACGUUCAAGUCAAAGAAAUCUGAUCACGGUCCAACCACCCACAAGCAUCCUUGAUAAUUUUUGGGUUCCUUAGGGGAUGGGCAAACAAAAACAACUUGACCAACACCAAGACAGUGAAACUAAAUUAUAUCCUCAACUCAAUGUAACAUCGACCACCAGACAUCUCAUCAACCUCAGAGGUUGAACCUCUUUUGUUUACAUUAAACAGAACGAUUUUAGCCAUUUUGUAUUGUGACACUGGAUAAUGAGAGGAAUCAUCUAACUGUAUUACCCAACAACCAGUCUCAUUAACAACAAUGCCUAUUGGAAAAUCUGGCUCAGUGGACAAUCCCAGUGAACAAGUUGCAAUUCUGCUAGGUGCAUUUAUUGGGGAGAGUUAUUGCAGCAGGUCUGGUAUAUCAGAGAGUGUUGGUAUUUCAGCUUUACAGUACGAUACAUCAGAGUCUUAUAGUGAAGUAUUUCAAUACUGUAGUGAGUUUUCAUGCAUCAGACAGUCUUACAAUGAGGUACAUGAAAGUGUUACAGUGAGGAAUAAAUAUCAGAGAUUAGGACAAUUUGGAAAUGGUUACAAUAAAAAAAUGGGAUAUCAGACAGUUUUACAGUGAAGUCCAGGAUAUCAAAGUGUUAAGUGAGGUACAGUUUUUCAGAGACGAUUAUAGUGAGGAGUGGUUCAUCAGUGUGUCACAGUGGGAUACAAUGCACCAAAGGAACAGUGACACAGUGAGAGGUCACUUAACAAAGUACUGCCAAUAUACAGGCCACUUUAGAUUUUGUAACCCAAGCCGACGGGCUCUCAGGAACUGUUUAUCUCAACAUGAGGGCUACUAUUUGGACAGAGAAAAACAAAAAUGAUAGAUGAAUGUCUCACGUUGUAAUGACUUGCCAUUCUGGGACCAGUCUCCAAAGCCUCAGUUAGGCCACAUUGACUGUAGUAAGCAGCCCUGCUAUUCUGUUUGCUAUCUUUGACAAUUACUUCAUGGAUCUUUGAACCAAGUUGUGAUUUGUAAAAUAAUGUAUAUAAUUACGUUUUAGGUAUUUUGUACAGGAUUAGGUUGUUUCUUUUUAUUCACAUUACAUUUUCUUCAAAAAACUUAAAAGAGAUGUUUUGAAUUAUACUUUUGAACUGUCUCAACACUUGGAGUUUUAAUUCCAUUAUUUAAAUGGAAGUUAAAUUUAAUUCUUGUCUGGCUUCUCUUUUUUUAAAAAAAAUUCAAAUUAUUUAUGACGAUGUACACUUGUACCUGAAAAAAAGCUGCUGAAUUUUCAUGAACACGUAGAUUUUUAAUAUUGGCUGAAGGGUGUAUUUCCGCGCUGUACAAUUCUAUGACUCGAUGGGCGUAAAACUUUUCAUCUGCUCCAAAUUGGAAGUGCAUGAUAGGUGGAAGCACACAAUGCUGAUGUAUUUAGGCAAUAGCUCACAAUUAAACUGUCACCAUAACCGUAAACAGACUUAAUAUGCUCAUUGAUCUAUGAUGUGUGACCAUUGCGUGGCGGAAUCGGCUCAAGGGGCUGAAUGGCCUACGUCUGUCCCCUGUGUAUGAUCAUUCUUUCAGAAAAGACAAUACAAUUCAAUUCCACAGUGUCAAAGGAUGUUGAAAAACAGACUAGACUUAGAUUUCUGAUUCCCAUUUCUUUCCCCCAAGGUAAAAUCAUUUGUUUCAUUGAUGUUCAAAGGAAUUUACUUUUUCACUCUAAAUUAUCAAUUGAUCAAAUCUCGAGAUCAUGAGGACUAUGCAGCUUCAAAGAUUUUAGUUAGUAAUGUAGAGUUGUGUCAUAAAGAACACUGUAUUUAAUCGGUUUAUGUAUACUUUAGAUGUAAUUUUUACUUUUCUAAUGUAUAUUUAUACUCUUUCAUUUAAAUAAAAGCCAGGUCUAUUAAAGUGUAA